AUGGGCUGCGGUGCAAGUGCAUCGAAGAAGGGCCCGGUGGGCAAACUGAAAGAUGCCAGGACGAAGUCCGGCGAAUCGCUUGAUGCAAGGAAGGGGCUACAGAGAGCGCAGUCCGACCUGGAGCUUCAUCGAAAGGAGUGUACAGAAGACGACAUGGGCCAGGUCUUUACGAUCCAGCAAGCCUUUCCGACUGUGGACGCUGCAGGGAGGCGACAUAGCUGUACAUCAUUGCCAGAAGAGCUGGUAUGCGCCACCUGCAGUCGCUUUCUAGUUUCAGACCUGCAGGAGAAAGAGUUCUUCGCGUGCAGAAAGUGUUGGAUGGCUGGUCGCAAGUUCGUUCAGUGCACGUCCUGCUACAUGGCAGCAGGGGCUCAAGAGGCAUCCCGGAGCUGCAGGCCAAUGUCGCCGAAGAUGCAGCGACGGCGCAGCUCGGGGAACUUGGAAACAUCCAAGUCCAUGGAUGCCAGCUACCUAUCGACGCGCAGGCUCUCGCAUGUCACCAAUGCAUCGGUUUCUGGGCAGCUGCUACUGCGUGGAAGUGAAGCGACAGUUGCGACUUCAGAUGGGUCUUCCGAUGAGGAGAGGCUGGCGGCGGUGGAAGUGCAAGAACCCUUGAAGCAGCGGCGCCACUCCCUUCAAAGCCAAAGCCAGUCACGAGGUAGGCGCCGGUCCAGUACCCGGGAGACAUUAUCUCCAUCACGGCGGCGGUCAGAGGUACCCCUACAGCGACGGCAAUCAACAGACGAUGGCCUUGUUGCAACGUCCACUUCCAUGCUGGACAUGUUCGAUUGGACGAAGCUCUCUGGGACCUGGGACGUGGAGAUUCGCGAAGAGGGCAACAAGACAAGGAAGGAGCAGAGGCUGUUGACUUUCAGCGACUCGGGGAGCAUCACCGGGACAGGCAAUGCUGAUUGCGUGUCGCUGGAUGGAAAUGCGACCGGCCUCAACAUGGAGUGGCUGGAGGUCUAUCCUUGGGGAAGCAUGCAUGUGACGGCGAAGUACAAAGUGAAGACCAAGAUGCCUGGAUCAAGUUGGGACUGCAUCUCCCUAUUGAGACACCACAGGUCAAAGGUGUCAACAAGAUGUAGAGUCAACGUAGAGAAGAUGUAA